GGGGGGGGGGGGGGGGGGUGAUCGCAUGCGAGAGUGAGUAGCAUUUGGCAGCAUUGCAAGCAAGGCCAACUCUUUUUCGACAUGGCAUAGUGUCAUUGUUGCUAUCAUGCUACAGUCCAGUCCGCGUAAGUGGCUCACCGUAUAUAUACAUACGUAGCGUACGUGGGUCAGCCUGACACAGUCUGAUACAUACUCUUUCUCCCGACUCUCUUUCCCUGCCUCCAAAGCACCCACCCUCUCACGAUGAGAGCAUCAAUCAGCCACGGAAGAGGAAUCACUUACGCGGUCUGGACUGUACAUUCCUCUUCCGUGGACCUGCUGGGCGCUAGUGGCCGUCGACAAGUACAGGGGUAGAGAUAGGGGACGAUCUUAGCUUCCGGCCAGGAACGGUCGUUAUUUGCACAUUGUGCAAUUCCAUCAUCGCACAUACGCCGGAUGCGGCUGCGUAGUUUUGUAAGUGUAGCCGUGCCUGCCCACAUGUUCCUGUGUAUCUGCACGACCUUACUCUUUGCUCGUCUGUCCUCGGCCCUCACUGAUUUUGAGAUCGCCCAGCUCAACACCGACGCGCUGCUGAGGCUGUCCCAGCGUGACGACGACACCAACAAUGACGGUGGAGCUUUCCGCGGCAAGGACAGAAGGCGGCGGCUGGCCCCUCUCGAUGACCUCCAGCAGCAGACCCACCUGCUGUACUCCCACCCUCUGUAGGACGCACGACGUGGCAUCGUCCGGUCAAGGAAUUGCCUGUCUGUGUGUAUGUUGGUCUCUCUGUCAGGCCCGGCGGCGAGUUCGUCUCGCCAUACACCACGAUUGGCUGGCGGGUGGGAGAAAUUCGCUAUAUUGAGGAAUGGGGUUUUAUGCCGAAGUCAAAGGCGCUGCGGGAGGAGACCAUCCACGGCAAGCUGACUCUGACCGGCGAUGCGUCGGGCGACCACCGUGAAGGAGAGACUCACCUGCUGCGUGACAAUGCGACCUUUCUGUUUGUGCCGGCCGUGCCUUUCGACCCUGGGGAGAGGGUGACUGUUAUCGUGGCGGCGGGUGUCGAGACCAUCAGUGGGAGGGUGCUGCCCGAGGCAACAUGGAGUUUUCAGGUCUCGCACAAUGCUCGCGACAUCUACUUCACCAAGGUCGUCAACCUCGGAGCACCCAAUGGCAUGUGGGAUGCUCCCACGCAGAGGAGUGGCAGCAGCAACAGCAGCGAUGCUACCGCGGAAAAGACUCGACGGCCGCAGAAGGGGUCUGGCGCCUCCCGUCGAGAGCUCCAAGGCGUGAAAAAGCGCGAGUACACAUUUCCCGACCACCGCUAUCGCACACUACCGCAGAACUUCCCCCAAGGGACGGUGGUGGUUUACGGCAACACGUCGCAGCUGGACGAGGGGUACAUCUGGACACAUAAGAUACUCAACGACCCGAUCUCGCUCAAUGGCAGCCUCAUCAUGCAAUCCUGGGGGGAUCCCGUAUACUUCCACGGUAUGCAGAUACAGAAGGGGUGUGGGUCAGUGAUGGCACAAAGGUCUGAAUGGCCGGCAGUGUGUCUUGGUGUGAUAUGCGAUGUGUCAGAGGGCAACCCGACAGACUUUGCUCCGACGGGAGCAGGCGGAAGCAAGAUGCUGGGCAGAAGCAGCCUCACGGGCAUUGUGCUGUGGGGCCAAGAUUACAAGCCUGCGGGAGAGAUAUUCGCGCAGCAUGGCCACGGUGAGUGAGUGAAUGAGAUUGUCGACGCCAAUACCUCUUCCACCCCUCCCCUCUCUGCAUGGUGGUGCAGGAGUGAAUUUGGUGGGCAGAGAGCAGGGAGGAUGUUCAGUAAUGGUCAUGCAAAGAUCUUUGUGUGGUCUUGCCAUGAGUGCAGCACGAUUACAUGAUGCUGAAGAAUGGCAACGGGCUUCUCUUGCUGUGAGUAUUAGUAAUACACGACCGUCCAUCGAUCAGCGCUCCUGUUUGUGUGUAUGUGCCCUCUCUCAGUGAUGACCUGCAAAUCCUUGACUCGACGAGGAUGCGUCCUGCGCCUGAAGGGGCGUCGACUAAGACGACGGUGGUGACUCAUAUUGUACAAGAAGUCACACCAGAAGGUGAGCCGUGGAAGCAAGAGCAGACAGGGACAGGUCAACACAUGAGACGCUUGACUGCCCUCCUCCCCUUCUGUGCAUGGCUGCAGGUCACUGCAUCUUGGAGUGGCGUAUGUGGGACCAUCUGCCAGCUGCCUGGCAGGACACUGAGGAGGGAGUCCACGACGACAAUGGGUGGGACAUCGCACAUGUCAACAGCGUCGGUGAAGCCCCAGACGGGAACAUAGUCGUCUCUUUUCGAAAUCUCAACCAAGUCAUCAAAAUCGACAGGUACUGUGCGCACCACACGUAUACAUCAACACACAGCCACACUGUUUUCGUCUGUCUGCUGCCAUGCAUGUAGGACGACUGGGAGGGUUUUGUGGCGACUGGGCGGCAAGCGCAGCUCCUUCAAGAUCGAGGGCGACCCCAACGGUCAGUUCGCCGCCCAGCAUGACGCAAGAGAGAUCGACGACAACGUCAUCACCCUGUUUGACAACGCAUACUGCACUGGAGACGAACACGCACGGGCAAUGGACUAUGAGCUGAAGUUCGACAAUGUUACUGGGGAGCCGACUGUGGCCAAGAUGACGAGUAUGUGGAAGAGCGGUGUGACGGCUCUCGCCAAGGGCAGCUACCGGCGGUUGAAGAACGGCAACAGGGCGGUGUCCCUCGGGUUCGAUUUGCUGCCACAUGCGUGCAAGGGAGACAGUAAAGGAGCACCGCCGACCAACAUUGGAAACCACUUCUAUGUGGAGGUGCGUUGUGCACAUAGACCCUCGCAUUACACUGCAUGAAUCGAUCGACCUCCCUGCCGCAUGUCUGUGUCCGUUGUGUCCGUGCGCAGACUGACCCAGGUGGUGCACUGCUGAUAAGCAUGAGUUGGGACUGCGAGUGCCACAGCUACCGGAGCAUCAAGGCCCCCUGGACGGGCCGGCCGACCUGGAAGCCCGUCGCUGUGAUCGACUCCAACAACUCCGACAACGUGCUCCAGCUGCACUUCAGCUGGAAUGGCGCGACGGAAGUGGCCAGCUGGCGGGUCACACAGGGCGACGGACGCUUCAUUUUCAAGCCCUUCGCGACUGUGGCCAAGACACAAUUUGAACAUUGGGUACAAAUAGAGGCUGGGCGUAGGCAGUGUCUGUACUAUCGGGCCGAGGCACUGGACGAAAGCGACACAGUGCUGGGCUACACGGAUGUCGUGGAGUCUCCAGGCUGUAUGAGUGACUGACCGGAGUUUUCUUGUUUGGACGAUGGAGGGUCAUUUACAUACGGACUGGAUUUUUGUCGUGAUUUGGAAUGGUCAUUGACGACUGG